AUGGCAUCUUCUUUUCUACAACAACUCAGUCGGAUGGUAUCUUCCCGGGAAGAAGUGCCGGUGCGUUCGACAACUAAUCCUACUGAGCUUCUGGAAGAUGGAACAGGUCCAGAGGAGACUCUACCGGGGAAAGGCCCAAGAGUUAAAUGGACGACAGAACAGAGACAACUGCUGUGUUGCUGCUGUGCCUUUUUCGCCAUGAGCGGAACUCAAAUAGAGCGCAUUUUCAAUGUAGUAUUCGGCGAGCAGCUACAAGCAUGCGGCUUCAAGAAAGGGAACGGACCAAGAUGGACCACAUUGAAUACUCAAUGGCAUGACCUCAGAGCUAAAGGAUCCCAAAUAUGGUCAGACAUCCACGUCAAGACUCAGUUUGACGCAAGAUAUGAACAUUGGGGUGAGAUCCUGCAGACGAUCAAGGAUACGGCCCGCGAUCUAGACAUACCAAUCGUUGAAGAGCCUGUUCACCCCGGUAAUGACCGCUUUGGAUACCGCGUCAAGGAGCCAAGAGCGAGACAGACAGCACUGCAGUCCUCCUCAAUGUCCUAUCGAUCAUCGUCGUCCCGCGGAGGAACCCGACAGUCGAACGCUUCCAGAAUGGAGUCCAGCUCGCCGGUCAGGCAAUCAUUGAAGGCAAAAGACGGGGAGGCGACCUCCCGAGGUAACGGACAAGAUAAGAACCAACAAACUCAGCACCAGAAUGACGAUGAAGCCCACAGCACUUCGGAACUGCCGAAUGAAACGGAGCAGCCCGAACCGUGUCCGUCAGCUCCCGGAAUAGAACCGCUGUGUACUGCUGGGGGAAAGAUAUGCAUGUUCUGCUUCAAAGAAGGCAGCGGAACCUUCGACCCUGUGUCACAAUCAGAACCGUCUUCUCCUCUUGAGACGAUUCUCGAUCAAGCUGUGUUGCCAGCAAGUACGCCAUCUGCAACUCCUUCCGCAACCCUAGAGAUACCAAAGGUACUCUACAGGUACUAUAAUGUCGACAGUCAGGGCUGGAAUUCGCGGAAGGGCUUUGUGGCUGGUCUGUUUAUGGAGGGUGAACGUCGAAUUGUGCCAGUGACACAGUAUUCAUUCGAUGAGUUUGAUCGGAUGUUUCAAAACCACGUUCACUGGCGGUACAUCACGACACCGUUCAUCAGCACUUUUUCCGAUCUUCUGGCCCCUGUCCACAGAGCACUCAGACGGAAAGAAGGUGCAUCACUGGCGGUCAUCGACACCAAACACAUCCGUCAACCCAUCUAUUCAGCAUCUGACCUGAUAAAGGAAAAGGGCCUGCGGAUAGGUCGUAAGUACACUGGGAGGGCAGAGUACUUGAUUUGGGGAUCAAUCCCCGAAGAAGCAAUCGUCACAAUUUUUAAGAUCUCAGCUCUGCAACAAAUCGCUGAGCGGCACUCAGAUAUAGCACGGCUAUUGCAGCUGGACGGGAUUGCACGCAUGAAGAGAUGCGGAAAAUAUCUCGAGGAACUCAUCAAAAAAGGACCAGGACGUCUCAACAAGGAAUGCGGUUCGAUAGUUGGACGUUGUCUAAGGAUUGUGAAAGUCCCGCCUAGUCUAGCUAUUGACCUUGCUAUAUUGGUCGCUGAGGCCUGGUUGUUCCCAAAAGAAGGUUCAAUGCCUGACUACAUUGCAGGUAUCGAAGCGGCUUAUGCACAGUCACUUCCGGGUCCUACAGUUUAUCCCCUGGGUGAUCGGGUAUCGCCAGAGGUCGUCCUGGUCCCCGAGAGCUCUGAUACCGAGAGCGACAAGGAAGAGAAUGAUUUGACCAGAGAAGGAGACACAUCAGAGGACGAUGAUGACAAUGUCAUUACAACCCCAUGCCCAAGUCCUCGUAGUUCAAGAACUAGAAGACAGCUGAACGUUGCCGUUGCAGAGGGUGACUUGUCUCCUUUCCAGCUCCCCACGCCGAAGCUGUCCAGCCCGGUUAUGAAGUUCUUCGACAGCUCUACUGGGACCUGGAAUCCUGACCAAGGGCAGCAAAAUGGACUUCGUGUCGAAGUUUUCAACCCAACAACUCGCGCUUGGUCACCUCUUGCGGAGCAGACCGGGCUGUCCAGCAGUCGUCAUCCAAGCCCGGGUCAAUCGAGGGAGUCUGCGAUUGUCGUCUUCGACGACGAUGACGAUGAUAACGAGAAGAAGAAUUAUGAUGUCGAGGAUGGUCAGCAGACUGGAUACGACGCUGACGAUAGUGACGCUGAUACUGUUAUGGCAGAUGUCACGGUAGAGUAUCCAAUGCAGCUUCCGGUGAUGGUCAACAGCGCUCCUGGGCUCCGAGGACUACAGAGAGAUCAAUUCGCGCAAGAGCGAGCGCACAUCAACAGCAUCAUGGGGUAUCAUUGA